GCCGGCGCUGGCCCUGUCGCGUUACACGACUUACUCCUGUGUUUCUAAGCGUAAAAUACGGUACUACUAGAAGUAGUACUGUAUGUUCGACUAAUUACGACGUGUACGGUGUAGGCCUAAGCUUAGGCCCCUAAUUUGAGUUUCAAGGAAAAUGGCUCGGGUAAUGAAAGCUACAAGAUGUCCCACUGAUGAGCUCUCCUUCACGAAUUGUGCUAUCAUUUCAGCAGGAUAUUUCGAUGAAAAGACUAAGCACAUAAUGGUGAAAACGUCCCCCAGCUCAGAAUACGUUUUCAGUGUAAAAAGCUAUCCAGGUAUGCAGCAUGGUACAGUUGGAUUUAGCCUACUUCAGAGGAAAUGGGCAGUACUGUCUAUCAAUCAAGACAUUGAAGUAAAACCCUAUGAAUUCAACAAAAGCACACAACUUAUCGGAUGUAUUACUCUGGAGGUGGACUUCUUGCAGAAGAAAAAUAGCACACCUGAAGCCUACGAUACAGACAUGAUGGCUGCAGAGUUCAAUAUGGCCUUCUCUGAGCAUGCAUUUACUGUAGGACAACAGCUUGUUUUCAAACUUGAAGGGAAAAAGCUACUCGGACUUGUCGUCAAAGAAAUGGAAGCUGCUGACAUCUCCAUGCUUAGAGGAGGGAAAACAUCCAAAAGAACCAAGAUUAAUCUUGGUAUCAGCAUGGCCAACACCCAGGUUCUAUUUGAAAAGGCAGAAGGCUCCUCUAUAAAUCUAAUAGGCAAAUCAGUGGGAAGAGCUGCAGGAAGACAAUCUAUAAUCAAUCCUGACUGGGAUUUCAAAAACAUGGGAAUUGGUGGUUUGGAUAAGGAAUUUUCUGACAUCUUCAGAAGAGCAUUUGCUUCAAGAGUAUUCCCUCCUGAAUUUGUGGAACAAAUUGGUGCACAGCAUGUCAAAGGAAUUCUGCUCUAUGGUCCACCUGGAACUGGGAAAACAUUGAUGGCCCGAACAAUAGGAAAAAUGCUAAAUUCAAGACCACCCCAGAUUGUAAAUGGGCCAGAAAUUCUCAACAAAUUUGUUGGAGAAUCUGAAGCAAACAUCCGAAAGCUGUUCAGUGCUGCAGAAGAUGAACAAAAGAGGUGUGGAGUCAACAGUGGACUUCAUAUUAUCAUCUUUGAUGAGAUUGAUGCAAUCUGUAAACAGCGUGGCACAAUGAGUGGCAGCACUGGAGUUCAUGAUACAGUGGUCAACCAGCUUCUUGCCAAAAUAGAUGGAGUGGAACAACUCAAUAACAUUCUCAUCAUCGGUAUGACAAACAGACGUGAUCUUAUUGAUGAAGCAUUGCUGCGACCAGGGCGUUUGGAGGUUCAAAUGGAAAUUGGUCUUCCUAAUGAGGAAGGAAGGUUGCAGAUUCUGGAUAUUUAUGUUUCCAAAAUGCGUGAGAACAAGAAACUAGCAGCUGAUGUUAACCUUGAGGAGCUUGCUUCACAAACCAAGAACUUCAGUGGGGCAGAAAUUGCUGGACUAGUCAGGGCAUCGCAGUCUCUUGCAAUGAAUAGGAUGAUUAAGGCCUCUUCAAAAGUUGAAGUGGAUUAUGAAGCAGCUGAGAAAAUGCAAGUUCAGAAAUCAGAUUUUAUGAUUGCACUGGCGAAUGAUAUCAAACCAGCAUUUGGAGUUAGUGAUGAAAGUUUCAGCAACUACAUCCUCAAUGGCAUAAUCAACUUUGGUGAACCAGUAGCACGGGUACUGGCUGAUGGAGAGCUCGUAGUGCAACAAACUAAACUUAGCAAUCGUACACCACUAGUAAGCUUGCUUAUGGAAGGUCCUCCAGGAAGUGGAAAGACAGCUCUUGCUGCUACUCUGUCGAUGAAGUCAGAAUUUCCGUUUGUGAAGAUAUGUUCCCCAGAAGACAUGGUUGGCUAUUCUGAAAGUGCUAAAUGUCAGGCUAUUAAAAAGAUCUUUGAGGAUGCUUACAAGUCAGAACUCAGCUGUGUCGUUGUUGACGAUAUCGAGAGGCUUCUUGAUUAUGUACCAAUUGGUCCAAGAUUCUCCAAUCUUGUUCUUCAGGCCUUGCUUGUUUUGCUGAAAAAAAUCCCUCCUAAGGGAAGAAAACUCUUAAUAAUUGGUACCACUAGUCAGAAGGAAGUUCUCCAGCAAAUGGAGAUGGUUUCAAUAUUCAACACACACAUCCACGUUCCUGCUUUGUCAACGGGAGACCAACUGUGUUCAGUUAUUGAGGACUUUGAUUGUUUCACUGUCUCUGAAAGAGCCACAGUACAGAAGAAACUUAGUGGGAAGAGACUCUGUAUUGGGAUUAAAAAGCUCCUUGUUUUACUGGAGCUGGUACGACAGACUGAAGAGGGGUUCCGUGUACCAAAGCUUCUGUGUCUACUGGAGGAAGAGGCAGGGUUGGAAUGAAAAGUGGCAUGCUGCAGAGCUGACUCACAGGAACAGAGUUGAUUUUUGGAAACUGUAUUAUAAUCUUCUUUUUAUGAGAAGAAAUGAAGCACAGGACCAGUGUCACACAACACCAAUUCUGCAGUGCUGUGCAGUAUUUUCAUAUAUGCACCACUGAAACAUUGUACUUUUAACAGUGCCAAUUAGGUUGAAGACGUUUAACAGUUUCACACAGCAAUCAGUAUGCUUUGUUAUACCUGUGUCACGACUUCUUUGCUACAGUUUCCUCUCCAAAAUGUCUCCAAUGUUGUCAAAACAUUGACUAUCUGUUGCACAGAAAGUUGUACAUCAUUAUGCAUCAUUAUGAUUGCAUCAGCUGCAUGUGCUUAUUUAAAAGCAAAAGAACCCUUGCUGUCAUGCUGAGCAGACAUCACAUUAAGGAACAUAUUCAAGGAAGCAAACUUUAAUUACAUUGCAGCACUGGAACAGCUGAUUGUAGGUAUAUUUGUGUGUAUGGGUUGUGGCACAGUAUAUUGCAGUUUGCUGCUCCCAUUACAAUUUAGUGUGAAAGAAGUGCAGGUACCAGUGAAUAUGAGUUGUCUAGUUAGAAGUCCCUGUCUUACAGUUUGAACUGUAUGGUAGGGUCUAUGAUGCAUUUUUAUUGACUGGUCAUGUGAUCAUUCUAGGCCAGUGAACAUUUAGUAUUUAAGACAGGUGUGCAACAGUAGCCUAUAUUGUAUAGGAGUUCUAUGAGAGAUUCUACCUGACACACUGUUGCAGAAAGCAUGAACAUUUGUUCGCAAUUUUAAUGUGAAAAUCUCAGUGUUCUGUGUGAUUCAUGAUGAAUAAAUUUACAAAGUAGGAGGACAUGUAUGGUAAAGAUAGAAUGUGGUGUAUAAGAUGUACAUGUAGUAGUCAUAACUACAUGCAGAACAAGUCAUUUAGGAUAGGAUGGUUGCUUAACGCUGGAUGAUGAGUAAUCACACACACUUUUCCUUAUUUUUUCCAUGGAGGACGUGUACACACGUUUAAAAAUUCUGUUUUUAUUUCUGCAAUUGAUGUAUAAAUGUGUUUUGCUUGAUGGGUCAAAGUACGGAAGAUGAUCCUACACGCGGAUGGACAUGUACGCCACAAUUUUUACCAGGGCAGUUGAAACACGGCUGAACAGAAGAACUUGGGGAAAAGAAAGAAGUACUGAUGCCUAAACUCAGGAGUUGUGUGUCCUUGCUUAUUUUAUGGGUGCCAGAAAGAAUUUGCAAAGAAAAGCCCACCCCCAGCAGUGCUUUCAGGAAAGAAAACCUGACAUUAACUGGUUAAACAGUGUAUAACUGUCUCAACAGUGUGUUUAAGGAUGGUAAGGAAUGUGGCAAUGAGCACAAUAUGAUACUAAUUUUGCAGAUGCUGAGUACUAGUAGUAACUUACAUUUAAAAAAAUGGUAUAUCCUAAUGGUUCAGUUUGUAUGGAAAUUAAUUCAGACAAUGAAUGAUAAUUUGCCAGAAUUGAAAUGUAUUAGCAUGCUUUAAUUCUGGGCAGUAACACAAAUUAAACUUUUAUUAUUUAAUUACGGUUUUUAGAUCCUCAUAUUAGUUGUUUAAUUCAUUUUUUCAGAUAUUGAAAACAUUUGCAAUAUAAAAAAAAGUACAGAAAGUUGAUGGAUAUUUGACUAGAAAUUCUUAAUAUUUAUUAAAGCUUCAUUCAAUACUUCAAUUUCUGUACAUUCCUAUCAUAAAGCAUUUGUUCCAAAUGAAUAAAAUUAGGACAAAUAACAUGAACACUUCAUUGUUACAGUACAUACAUGUGCAUGUGCAUUGUAGCUUUUCUGUAGUACAGGUACAGGAAUUGUAGUCUUCCCAUAGAGCUCCCUUUCCAUUUCACAGCAUCACUUGAAACAUGAAAAAAGCAGCUUCUUGCAUUUUUCUGUGUACUUGCAUCUCUCUUCAAGUCUAUUAUCCUAUUAUGGUACAUGUAGCCAUAACUACUGUUAAUUCGUCCAACUUUUGAGACAGAUAAUCAGGUUGCAUGCUAAUUGAAAUAGUGUAGGUUUAUGCAGCAUAACUUGCAAUGGCUUGUUAAUCUUGUUACAUGUAGCUGUUUUGGGCAAUGGCCAAAGUGGCUUCUUUUCCUUUUCUUUUUUCCACUUAACCACUAUAUAAAAGGGACUGAUCUACAUACCAGUGUGGGCCUUUUUCGUACCUGAUUCCCUCAAAUCUGGAAAACAUUCAAACCUGGUUUCCUUCAAACCUAACAUCUGAAGAUUUAUGCCAAACCAUGAAAAAGACAGGUCAAAUAAUGGGCCAUAAAAUACUGACAUUGCGAAUCUUUAAAAAUCCAUAUAAAAUUAAUUGUGAGAUACUGCAUCUUGCACUUUGUGACGUGAUAGAGUAGAUACAAGUCUUUCUUUUUUUGUGUAUGUACGUGAAAUCAUGUGGAAGUGUCGGAGCUUGUUGACCAAAUGGUAUCUUACAUUCCUUCUAAUGCUUGUUUCAUGUGUACUUAAUCAAAUAUGACAUGCAUAUAUUUGAAUUUGGUAGCUAUCCAGAAUUGUAUUUCAUCUUUCUUAAUGUUUUCCAUUUUUACACAUAAGUAACUGAAUGACCUUAAUAUCACUGGCCGAAAGAUGUUUCACUUUAAUGCAGUAAUUACAUAUACAUAUAAAAAGACAAAAUCCAAAGCUAUGUUUCUUUUGUUAUAGCAUUCAUGCCACAAAUGUUAAAACCUUCAUAUUACCCAUGUUGGUUUUACUCUUUCAGUAGAGGGGCAGAUACAAUCUACAUAUGGCUCAGUUUUUACAGCCCUGGUUAUGUCUUUGCUUAACCUUAUUUUACAGUUGUGACAUUUUGAAAAUCUACUCUUUAUAAAAAUAUGUAAAAAGUACAUAAUGCAAGAAAUUCAUUCCUGUACUACUUCGAUUCUCUUUUAAAAUAUUCUGUGUUGAUAACUGCAAAAUAAACAGUAUUAAAUGUUGAAAC